CGUCUACCUCUCGUAGCACCUAAUGGCCAUGAGGUUCUUCUUCGUCGUGGCAUUCGCUGUGGCCAUGACCACAUCUCUCGCCCUCUCCGUUUCCUCGGCGGAAGCGGACGAGCGGCCGGCGGCAGCAGCACCAGCCUCGUUGUCCCGGGGGAUCUACUCCGUGAUCGCGCAGUACAAUCCGACGAGAGGCUCGAUGACCUGCGACAGGUUCCCUAGGGUUUGUCGCGCCAGCGGCAGCCCCGGUCCCGACUGCUGUCGGAGGCAGUGCGUGAACGUGAUGAGCGACAACCAGAACUGCGGGCAGUGCGGGACGAAGUGCCGGUUCGGCCAAGCGUGCUGCGGCGGCCGCUGCGUCAACGUGAUGUACGACCCCAAGAACUGCGGUGGCUGCAAGAAGCGGUGCAAGAAGGGUAGCUUCUGCCAGUACGGGAUGUGCAGCUAUGCUUAGAGCAUGAAUCGAUCGUCACUGUGCAUUCGUAGUUUCUUGUCCUGUUGUAUUCUAUUCAGUUCUUCGGUUGCAUUAUUUGCAUUCAGAUUUGUAAACGAAGGAAACAAAAUACAUAUAA